ACACAGAAUGGCAGCCUACAAGGCAAGGUUGAAGGAAUUUGAGAAUGUUUUGAAUUGUGAAAUUAUUGACAUCAAGAAGUUGCGGAAGUUAUGUUUCAAUGGGUGUCCGUUUGAGUCUGGUUACCGGUCUAUUUGCUGGAAGAUACUUUUAAAUUUCCUUACUGUGAAGAAAUCGGAAUGGAAAGAGUCUUUAACAAAACAAAGGGCGCUGUACAGACAGUUUAUAGAGGAGAUGAUCCUAGACCCAGGCAAGAAGGCCAACUCAGGGGCACAGGAGGACCAUCCGUUGAACCCUAGCCCGGACAGUCAGUGGCAAGUUAUAUUCAAGGACAAUGAGAUGCUUAUGCAGAUUGACAAGGAUUGCAGGAGGUUGUGUCCAGAUCUGUUUUUCUUCCAACGAGCGACUGAGUUCCCUUGUGAGGAGCUUGUCAACGACACGACCAAUGUGGAAACUCUGCGGAAACGUGUCGAGCAGUGCGUUCUGCGCUCCGAAACGGUGGCCAGAAAUAGAGUCGGGAUGACAGGGAUGGUCAGUAGUAGGAGAAAGGCAAGCGAUGCGUACAUGGUGUUGGCAAAAGGCGAAGAGGCUCACUGGGAGGUCGUAGAGCGCAUUCUCUUCAUCUAUGCAAAACUCAAUCCCGGGCUCAAAUACGUACAGGGUAUGAAUGAAAUACUGGGUCCUAUCUACUACACGUUUGCUGUGGACCCGGAUUCCACAUGUCGAGAAUUUGCAGAAGCUGAUUCAUUUUUCUGCUUCACCAAUCUGAUGGCUGAGAUCCGUGAUAACUUUAUCAAGACUUUAGAUGAAUCACAGUUUGGAAUAGGUUACAUAAUGAACGAGUUGUACCGGGAACUACAAGAGCGGGACCCCGCUCUGUGGCACCUACUGAAGGAACAGGACCUCAAGCCCCAGUACUACGCCUUCCGCUGGCUCACCCUACUGCUGUCACAGGAAUUCCCUCUCCCAGAUGUUUUGCGGAUUUGGGACUCUCUGUUUUCUGAUGAACAUAGAUUUGAUUUUCUCAUCAAAAUAGCAGUCGCAAUGUUGGUGUUAAUUCGUGAUGAUUUGCUGCAGGGAGACUUUCCACACAACAUGAAACUUGUUCAGAACUUUCCAUAUGCGAGAAUAGAGGUCCAGAAAGUGAUAGCGAAGGCUGUAGAAAUGAUCCACAGGUAGCAGCGUGCCUGGGCAGAUGGGCACUACAUCUUAAUCUUCCAGUCUUUAUCCAGUAAAGAGGACGAUACAUUCACAGACCCACCGGUCAAUCUAGAGCUCAUUAUUAUAUAAAACAGAGCUACUGGUUGCAUUUCGCUAUUCUACAAAGCUUGGAUGUGUUCAUUAUAAACUGAAUCCGAUUAAGAUAAUGGCAGCCAGAUUGAUCUAGGGCCAUCUAUAUCAUAAUGUUCCAAUUUAAAGGAGUACCCUGACCAUGUUUUGAAUUUAAAACAGUAUCUACAUCAUAAUGACUUUAAAGGGGUACCCUGACCAUGUUGUUAAUUUAAAACUGUAUCUACUUGUAUCUACAUCAUGUUAAGAGUUUAAAAGGGUACCCUGACCAUGUUUUUUAAUUUAAAACAGUAUCUAUAUCAUAAGGGGUACCCUGACCAUGUUGUUAAUUUAAAACUGUAUCUACAUCAUGUUAGAGUUUAAAGGGGUAACCUGACCAUGUUUUCAAUUUAUAACAGUAUCUACCUGUAUCUACAUCAUAAUGAUAAGACUUUAGGGGUACCCUGACCAUGUUUCAAUUUUAGAACAUUACACCAACACAGCUUUUUAUGUUGAUAGUGCAGUGUCGCUGUGUGAUUGUGCAGUCAGAUGGCAGUAUUGUCAACAUGCUUCUAUAAGAAACCUUAUCACAGUGACGGUUAACUCAACACAGUUAACACAGAUCUUAUGUUAAUAAGUGUACAUGUUAUUUAUGUGCUUUGAAAUGUAACACCACUGUAUGUGUAAAUUCAAAAUGCACAAUGGCUUAUUAAACCAAUUAGUUCAACUAAAGCAGGAUGAAAAAGAUGUGACCGCUUUAUGUCUAUAUUGGAUUAACUGAUUACUCAAGUCUCAUUUGGCAGGGUAAGAAAACCAAAGCCGAAUCAGGGUAAUUAAAUAACUCUCCCAAAUGUGUUUGAAUAACAGACUGCUUUUAAAGGUGGAUCUACCUUUGCAGAACCCAUCUGACUGCAACUGAAUGUAUUUUAACCUGUAUUAUAUAAGAUAGUUAUUCAUAUAAAAAGAUACUUAUUCAUAAAACAAAUUGUGAUAUUUUUGUAGGUCUUUUGUGUGGCUUACUUUUUUUCCUGACUUCAGAUGGCCAGUAAUGUCGGGAUGGUGUAUGGCAGUAAAGGAGAAUGGUAGUAGAGACUAAGGGAUGAAUUUACGAAGCCUGUGUUUUCUUAAACGCAGGUGUUUAAGCAUUGUAAAGAAAAAAAUUGUUUUAAUGACGCCACUAGAGCACAUUGAUUUAUUAAUCAUCAGCUAUUGGAUGUCAAAUAU